AUGAACCGGCUCCGGAACAGGAGGCGUCCGGAGCCACUCCGGGGCCCCCCGCAGUGGGUCCCCACUCUGGGCGAGCUGCAGAAGACCCUCCAGCAGGGGGAGCACUUGCCCCUCCGCCCGCUGCCCAUGUUCGAGAGUAACUUCAUCCAGGUGACCAAUCGAGGGGCCCCGGUGUACGUGCACCACAGGACCAACCGAGUGACGAUGGGCGUGGCCGCCUCCCUGCCAGGCUUGGUGCUGCCGGACAUGCUGCUGAUGGCCCAGCCCCCAGAGGACAGGGAGUGCUCCAACCUCGUCCUCACCAGGAUGAUCCCGCUGGACCUGGCCCACCUCUACGUCCACGACCUGUCCGCCUGGCGCCUGAAGCUGCGCCUGGUCACAGGCCGCUACUACUACCUGGAGCUGGACGCCCCCGACAGCGAGGUCGGCUUCCUGUUCGACCGCUGGAUACGCUUGAUCAGCCAGCUCCAGCAGCCCGCCACUUCCUGGGCCCCUAGGACCCUGCACACGCCCCCCACGGGCCUCUCCCACCUAGGGCCUCCUGCCUCCACCUGGCGCCUCCAGGUCCCGUCCCACCACAGACAUUCAGUCACGACUGCCGAGCCCACCUUUCCUUACAAGAUUCUGACAGCUCAGAGACAGAAGGCCAAGACCCUCAAGCGCAAAUUCAAGUCUCAGGCCGUGGGCGACUCUCUGCCUCUCCUGUGGUCCCAGCUGGAGCACGUGGACGCCAGGAAGAAAUCCACGGAAAAGAAGCCCCAACCCGAUCUCCCCUCUGGCAGACCGAAGACUGAAACCCAAGUUUCUGAGAAGCCCAGCAUCACCAUUCGGACCAUCUUCAGCAUCAUUUCCAACACAACAGACCACAUGGAGUCUUCUCCCAAGGCAGUUGUAUAUCCACGGCUGGGGCGACGCUUGAGACAGCGCAGGAGGGGCAGGGGGCCUGGACCUCGGGGUCUGAGGGAGGAGGGGCCGGGGGGCCUGGACCCCCGGGGUUGCUCUGACUCUGUAGGCGGCACGUGCCUGGCAGGCUUACUGGAGACCCCUUUACACUGUAUCUCGGAGCACAGCCCUGAAACGCCCCUUCUGGGCACAUGUGACCACCUGGAUAUGUGUGCGUGGCAGCAGCACAUGGACAACCUGAUGGACCCUGAGACCAGCACCAUGUCCAGCUGCUCCAUCUGCCCGGCCGCCUACACUCCCAACUUCCCCAGUUUCAACGAGAAGGCCAGGCCUCUGCCACCCACCUGGAAGCCCCUAGCUGUGCCCACUGCCCGUCAUAAGGCUCCAUUCAUCCUUGACCAGUCCAAGAGGGUCUCAGCCAUGCCUGCUCCACUGCAGAUGUCCACUGCACCCGGCCCCUCCCAGAAGGCCACAGCUUAUUCUCCUGCUCCCAAAAAGGCCCCAUUUCAGAAGCCCCCUCAUGUACCAACCAUUCCCCAAAAGGCCUCAGCUGUGCCUGGCCCAUCUCAGAAACCCCGUCAUGCACCAGCCAUCCCCCAGAAGGCCCCAGUCAUGGUUGCGCCAUCUCAGAGGGCCCCAGGAACACUUGGUGUUUCCCCAAAGGCUGUUUCCCACCCUGCUCCCAACAGGAAAUCUGUGUUCCUACCUGCCCCUUCCCAGAAGGGUCUGACCUCACCCACCCAACACCGCAUGACACUGGGCCCUGACAGCGUCAGCGUGGUGCCCUCCAGAAGCCACGGAGGGGAUAUGCUUGCGAAGAGGAAGCCUGAAGAGAAGCCAGAGCCGGUGAAGUUAAUGGGCACCAAGGAGAAGAACGUGGUAGACACGAGAACUCAGAAAACAACCGUGGAGGUGCCUUUCACCACCACCGAGAAGAAGUCAGAGGAAGUCCUGAUCCGCAGGGCCCAGGAGAUCGCCAUGAACGGCUUGAAGGGCAAGGGCAAGCUGGAGGACAGGGUCCAUACGAUGAAGGAGGAGAUUGCUUUGGACAUGCCAGGCUUCAAAUCCAAGGAGGUGGGGCAGCAGAAGAAGUGGGUCAAGACCAAGAAACUGGCCAUCCAAGAAGCCCCCCAGGAGCAGACCAGGCCCUUCUCCGUGGAAGGGCUCACCCUUGCCAAGCUGAUGAUCAUCGCCGGCUCCAAGGACCCCACCUUGAGGUCAGGUCUAGUCGACCUGCCCUCCUGGCUCUCAACUUCGCAGGGGUGUGACUUGUCCACGAUGGGCAGAGUACUCCUCAGCCCCACCCAUUUGUCCAUGCUGGAGGAGACGCUGGUGGGGGUCAGGGAGCAGCCGCAGUUGGGGGUCAGGGUGGAGGAGAUUCCCCAGGACUCAAAGGGACCUUCCAACGUGUCCUCUCACCCCAGGCGUGCGGCCAGCAGCCCCAAGAUGAAUGUUGCCUCUCAGACUCCCAUCCCUCUGCCCUCCACGAGAUGGGAGGACAUACCCGAGUCGCCCACCUCGCUGACCCCCAUCUCAAAGAUGGAGGCCAGGGUCUCCCAGCAGCCCAGGAGAGUGUCUCAAGAGCCUGAGAGGGGGCCAGACCAGGGCCCUGUGGCCACAGUGGGGUCGAACCUGGAGAUCCUCCUGCCCACCCUCUUGGAAAUCGAGAGUAUGGAGGAUGAGGCCUCCAAGGUGGAGAAGAUAAAGGACGAGCUGGGCGCCUUUGCUCCUUCGCCCAGCGUCCAGGAGCCCGGCCCUUACCCUGGCUCUUUCCUCUUCCUCACAGGCCCCCAGGUGCUGUGCACCUCUACUGGGGCGGCGGGCGGCGGAGGCGGGGGUCGUCCGCACCGACCCCAGUCCGGCGUCCUGCAACGUUUCCUGCAGCGCAGCGGCUCCCAUUGGCUGGGGCUCCGGGGGGCCCAGCCAAUCGGGCCCGAGGGGUAG